AUGGAACUCGAAUCCGCGAUCCCAGAAUGGCUCAGAAGAGACCGGACCGUCCCCGCCAAGACACCACCGGGCUUCACGCCCCCCUUUGAGCUAUACACCUCCCGCUUCCCAAAGACCAUCAAGGACAUAGUCAUGGCCGUCAUCGGCGCACAAUACGCAUCGGCGAACCAACACGACGGCGCGGCCCUGAAGACGAUCAACUCCUUCACCACGUCCGACCGAGUCGCCUCGGUCUCGCGCCCGGCCUUUUGCGAAGCCGCUGCCGUCGUGGAUAACCGCGGGUUCUACAACGUCGCGGUGUUCGCGUACUGGCCGAGCAGACCUGCUUACGAGGACUGGUCGACCGAGAGCGGCUUCCGGAUGUGUUGGAGCGAGGCAAAACCGGGAAAAGGGCCGCGGCACGGAUGGUUCUUGGAGGUCCUUCUCCCGACGGCCGAUCGGUUCGAGACUGUCUUCUCUACGGCGAUGCCUGAGGGUGCGGCACACAUGAGGGAAAGCAUCAGCGGUCCGAUUAAGGAGCACGUGUACUGGGGCAGCAUGCGCGAUCGCCUGCCCAUAUCCCAGACUGACGAGCUUCUGGGAGAUGCAGACGCAGACGCAGACGCAGACGCAGACGCAGAAAGCAAACAAGGGGUCAAGGGUUCAACGCAACAACACAACGGCACAGAGCGGCUCCCGGAACGGGUCCGCAUACCCGGCAAAAAGAACCUCACCGUGAUCCGCUCAGGGCAAGACUGGUCCGCAGCGCUCCCCGAAGAGCGCCAAAUCUAUCUCGACUCGAUGCAGCCGCCGCUGGUGAGGGGCAUGGAGUACCUCCGAGACCACGGAGACGAGGCCGGCUGCUUCAGCUGCCGCUUCAUGGAGAUCGUCGACCCCGUCACGGCCGAGGCCGGCGGGCUCGACCGGACGUUUGGGCUGGCGUACUUUGACACCCUCGCCUCGCUGGAGCGCUGGAGCAAAGAGCACCGGACGCACCUGGCCAUUUUUGGCGAGUUUGCAAAGUAUGCCAAGAGGCUGGGGGAUCAGAUGAGCUUGAGGCUGUUUCACGAGGUUUUGGUGCUCGAGCCGGAGCAGCAGGUUUUUGAGUACAUUGGUUGCCAUGAUGGGACUGGUAUGCUGCGCUCGAUUUAG